UGGUAAAUAAAAAAAAAAUCAACGUUUUUGUUGUUAUCUCUGUGUGCUCCAUCGUCAGGCCAGAUUGCAAGUUGCGUGACGGAAAAAAUGUUGAAAAUUGUGUGAUUAUUAUAUACCCGACGAUCAGUGGCCACUAAAAUUGCUCGUGUUCACCCCACCCAAGCGGCCGCAUCGACGACGACCACCACAGCGAUGGAAUGCGAUGAUGCGGCAGUCGAACGUCAGAAGUUAGUCUCAAACGACGAGGAGGACGACCAGGCAACUAUCACCAAUCUAUCCUCAAGUGGACAGGCAAAAUCCAUCCAAACACCAAUUUCUCCCGUGCUCAGCAGCAAGGUAUUCUCGAGCAGUGAAACGAGUCGCAGUCACAAUUCUACCAGUUACACGGCCAGCAUCGGGAAAGCGAUUCAAAGUGAUGCCCAUCCUACAGCCCGGUUGAACUAUGUCAACGAGCGUCGAGCUGGGCAGGAUGCAAAAGCAAAACCGAAGAAGGUUCAAAGGGAUCUCACACCGUCCAGUGUGAUCAGUUCUAUCGACAGUAGUAGUCUUCCGAUCAGCUCGCGGCUUUACCGCCAACAGCAGAAAUCGUCCAAUCAGUCGCUGGCCAGUAGCAGCAGUUGGCAAGCUUCUUCGAAUGCAGCUACCGCCAACAGCAGUUCGAUUAGUUUGAAUAAAAGCUACAGCUUUACCUCGCGUCCACUAAAGCACCAUUCUUUCGUCUCAGAAGUACCGGACGUUCGGCACAUGGAACGAGCCCUGCUCGGACUGCUCGACGACUUUCACUCGGGCAAGCUGAAAGCGUUCGGUUCCGGUUGCACAAUGGAACAGAUGACAAGCAUUCGCGAGCAACAAGAAAGUCUCGCUAAACUCCACUUUGACCUGGGCAACGAGUCGUCCUCGGCGGCCGUCGGAAACAAUGCCGGCAACAGUGAGGUGCAGUCCCAAAACAACAUGAAAAAGCUGGUCGCCAAACUAGAACAACUUUCUUUCUCUAUCGAGAAACUCCACUCCAGCAAGACGGAACCGUAGACCAUCGGAUGUUUUAUUUCGGUGCAUUUAGGGUAACAUUAUAAGCGUAAUAAUAAUAACCGUAAUAGUAGAAAAACAACAAUCGAGUUGGAGUAGGUGCUAUUAUAAUCGAAACGCAAUCAACCAAGUUCUUUCUUUCUGGUUUCAAAACGUUCGAAGUUUAUUUUUAAGUUAUUAUUCUGCAAUUACAUAAUUUAUCAAAAGGAACAAUUCGACGAAAAUCAAAUGAAACGUUUAAGUUUUCAUAAUACAUGA